CGCGCUCUACGUAAGACGACACCGAGACGCACGCAGUCUCGCGCAUGCGCGGCGGGCCCGGUGGCGGAGCACGGCGCCGGGCGGGACUCAGUAUGGCGGCGGAGCGCAAAACUAAGUUGUCCAAGAACCUGCUGCGCAUGAAGUUCAUGCAAAGAGGACUGGACUCGGAAACCAAGAAACAACUAGAAGAGGAAGAAAAGAAAAUCAUUAGUGAAGAGCACUGGUACUUGGAUUUGCCUGAGCUUAAAGAGAAAGAGAGUUUCAUAAUAGAAGAGCAGAGUUUCUUGUUAUGUGAAGAUCUUCUUUAUGGAAGAAUGUCAUUCAGAGGAUUUAAUCCUGAGGUUGAGAAAUUAAUGCUUCAGAUGAAUGCCAAGAACAAAGAAGAAGUUGUUGAAGAUGAAACAGUGGAGCUCGAUGUGUCAGAUGAAGAAAUGGCCAGAAGAUAUGAGACCUUGGUGGGGACAAUUGGGAAAAAGUUUGCUAAAAAAAGAGACCGGGCCAAUUAUGAAGAAGAUGAAAACGGAGACAUAAAACCAGUUAAAGCAAAGAAGAUGUUCUUAAAGCCCCAAGAUUAAAAUGGAUGCCUUAAGGUACCAGAUUCUACUCUCUCUGUGAAGCAGAAGAUACAAGGCAUCUGAGGCUUCUUCCUAGAAGUCAACACUAGGGCCCAUGUCAUCUGGUAAGAUCUGGCCAGUGAAAUUCCCAGGUAGAAAGUUCAAAGUGACAAAUGGCUACCUAUGCUAAAAUAGGUAAAUAUGGUUUAAAAAAUAAAAAUAAAUUAAAAAGAUAGAUGAGCUAUAGAAGGAACUGUUCAGUUUUGUAUCAGAAUUUAGAGAAAAUGUGAGGGCCCAGGGUGGUUGGUCUUUCUAGCAUGCAAAGGGUCCUGAAAGUGACAAAUGCAAAGAUCAAAUCUGGAGUGUUGUCAAUAAAAUUUGGUCUUAGAAUAAGUGUAGAGGUAAAUCAUCAAAGACAAGAAUGCCCCUGUAAGACCUUUUUCUGAAUUUGACAUGUCAGAUUUGAAGGUGUGUCUGCUAGAUCUUCUUUGUUAUGUGAAAGAGAUUCCAAGAGUCUUAAAGGGGGUAGUUAUGCAGCAAUACAUAACAGAAAUAUCAAGUUUAAAAUGUUUGCCAAUCUUGUGUGUACAAGGUGUGGCACCUUGUUUCUUUCAUUUGCAUUUCUCUGGCCACUAGUGAGGUUAGGAUUUGGUUUUUCUUAAUCCCUGUGAACUCUCCCCGCCCCCGUGAAUUGGAUGACAGGGUUUAGAAGGGGGAAAAAAUGUUUCUCUGAAUUAGCCAGGAGAGAUCAGCUGUAUGAGAUAAACUACAAUGCAGAUGUUGCUGGAGAGAAAUUUCAAGGGAAGAAAAUAAUCCCAAAAUGUUAGGUUGAUGGCUGGGGGGUUAUUAUACAGGAUGGGGGUAACACUGCAGCCGAUUUCAGAAGAUCUGUUCGACAGACCAUCACCUCUAUCCCCUUGAUUCUGGGAAAGUUGGCACCUGGAUUUUCAGACAUUACAAUAGAAAUGGCCAAGUGCACAAUUCUAAGGUUCCUUCGGUCAUCUCUAGCAAAAGUAGCAGGAGCCCCAGAGCCUCCAGCAGGAAUGGAGUGGGAAACCACUGAAUCAGAAGGCUCGCUGAUGAAAGAAAGAGGCUGAAAUCAUCUAUCCUCAUAUUGAGGCAGAGACAGCUAGAUGACAGGAGAGGGUUUCAAAACACCCUCCAGCACCCAUGCAGACAGUCAUUUUCAAAUCAGAAAUUGGAUAUUUCCACUAUUUAUACCUGGGAAGAGAAGAGCAAAAUGAAGAAGUACCUGAAGUCUCCCUGAGCUUUCCUCUCGUAGAUGAAGAGAUUACAAAAAAACAAGGAAGACGAAAUAAAUGCCAGUGAUUCCAAAGGUGAGAGGAAGUAAUAAUUAUGAAGCCAAGAAAAGCUGUCUCGUGAGUGUGAAUUAUGCACGUUGGAAGCUUAUUGGCUUUAAUACUGAAAAAUGUUAGAAUUAACACUGGUUCCAAAAAUUCUAAUUCAUAUUAAAUCAACUCUGAAUAUAAAAAGUCAAAUACAAACUCACUCUUCAUUUCUUUGAUGAAGAAUACUUUCUUCUGUAAGAAGGAAGGGAGGGGGAGGAACUAUGGAAAGCUCUCUCUUCACUAAACUUCCCUGAGAAGGGGCCAAGGAGAAGAUUUUAAAAGUAACUCUUUUAAAAGUUCAGGUCACUUUAUACAUCUCUUUAAUUUUGACAGUCUGUCAUCUGGUAAAAGGAAUUUUUGUUUUUAGUCAGCAUUGAGGUAAAAUGUACAUGUGAUAAGAUGCUCCCGUUUUAAGUCUGUGGUUUGAUGACAUCAGACAAAAGUCACGAAAGUGAAUAGAAAAGUUUGUUCGCCUGGGUAACCGCAAUGGAAACCUAGAUGAUUUCCAUCCACCCUAGAAAUUCCCCCGUGAUUCUCUGUAGUCAAUUCCUGAACCCCUGUCCUAGGCAACCACUGAUCUGUUUCUGUCACAGUAUGUUAGUUUUAUUUGUUCUAAAAUUUCAAAUAAAUGGAAUCUUACAGCAUGUAUUUUUUGUACCCAGGUUCUUUUGCUCAGCAUUGUGUUGUGAGAUUUAUCCAUGUUGUUGCAUGUUUCCUGUACUUCCAAAAUAAACUGCUUGCACUUGAA